UGUCAAGCUGGCAGAUUUAACAAACCCACAAUCCAUUAACUGUCCAUGUAAUACGACUGGUUAUAAUAAUAGUAUCUACUGCAGUCCCAGCCAUCUAUUUCCGCGUAGGGUCAAAUUUUGGGGUGAUAUAUUACGACGUCUCACAGGAAAUAUAUGUUCUACACGAUACGGACUGUUGUAUCAUGUCGUCGGUUACUUGUGAGGACAUUCAUCUGCCCUACAACUAUUAGGUAUUUUCAAGUGAAUGUUCACAUUUGUAUGUAUGUGGUAUUGAGAAGCCGAACUUCGAUCAACAACAAGAACUAGCUUGGGUCUUUGGUGAUUUACACAAAUAAGUUCAUCUACUUGACAUCUUCGUAGUCCCCCACCAUCACGACGUCAGAGGCUUCCAUCCCAGUACUUGAACGCCACCCUUGACGAAGUCAACGAUGACCACGGCCUGAUGUACUUUACGAUGCUGCUCUUGUCUCGGACUCGCCCGACCUUCGUCCUCUUCAUCAUCGCAAUCAUCUUCGUCAUUGUCUCGCUUUUGGCGCUGCUCUCGAUACCGCCUGUCGGUACUCGCAAAGUCAGCAAAGGUCCUGUUCAACAGAGACUGUUUCAAGCCAUUCGAGACAAACCCUCAGCGUACACCCAGACACACAUCCUCAGAAAGAGCUCAGAACCAAGCAACAUUAACUGCGUACCACACAAAAAAUUGGUCUUCCUGAAGACCCACAAGACUGGGUCAACCACCUUAGCAUCAAUCAUCCAGCGGUAUGGCUACCUAAACAACCUGACCUUUCUGGUGCCACAUCGGAACCACUUCCUCAACUACCAGAAAAUCUUCAACGCGGACAAGAUCAACUUGACCGAGGUGAAGGACACAGGGGAAGGUCCCUGGACAUUUCGGAAAGGCUACGAUAUUCUAACCAACCACGCUCGGUAUAACCGGACAUCCAUGGACAGGGUCUUUCAUGAUGUGAGGUACGUCACCAUACUCCGAGAACCCUCCGCGCAGUUCGAAUCCGCAUUCUACUAUUUCGAGAUCUGGCGGUCAAUCCCACGGUCUCGCGAACCGCUCAAGCUCUUCAUGGAAGAUCCCGAGUUGCACUUCAAGAACGUGAUGCGAACAAGGCAGUACUACAAAAGCAGCAUGCACAAUCAACACCUGUACGACUUCGGGAUGUCACAUGACGAUAUGAACGAUGACGACAAGGUAAAGAGGAAAAUCCGCGAGAUCGAUGCCGAUUUCGAUCUUGUUAUGAUCACCGAGUACUUCGACGAGUCUCUACUUCUCCUUCGUAAGCUCCUCUGCUGGAGCAUGGACGAUAUUUUGUAUCUAGCCAAAGGCACGCGUACCCCGGAUUACCACGUCGAAAUUGGUCCAGACCUCCGCAACAAAAUUCAAGCUUGGAACAAAGCAGACGUUUCCCUCUACGCGCAUUUUAAUCACACGUUUUGGCGGAAAGUGAGACAGUACGGAUCCGAUUUCGAGAAAGAUCUUGCAGAGUUCAGAGAUAGACUUGCUGACACGCACGACACAUGUUGCAAUAAUACUCGUCAGAAUUCAAAAGACAGGAGAGUGGUGCUCUUUUCUCUAAAGAAUAACCCUUCCACUUGGUGUCGACACGUUGCGAGAGGGGAUGUAGACUUUACCAAUCUUAUCAGGGAACGUAUGUUGCAACAUGGCAUACCGACAUAUGAUAAUCGGGAAUCCCACAAAAGAAAAAAAAUAAACUCUUGAAUUGAGGAGAAGGUUAAGACAUCAACAUUAUUUUGUGAGCUGUCUUUUUAUCAUCAGUUUGGGUGUAUAUAGUAUUAGAAAUAUUCCCUAAAAAGAUUGGUGUCCAAUUACUUCUCAUUCAAAAUAUGAUGAGAAAUAGCUCAAAAUUAUGACCAAACUGUGAUGCCUGAUGUGUAUUGCACAUUUGCACCAUAUACCCAUUUCUAUAUAUAUAUAUAUAAUAUUAUUUUUCAUAAAAAGAGAUAAAACAUUGGUUAUUUAGUCUUGUUCAAAGUUAAAAGGUAUUUUGACAAAUGUGUGGAUAGUGAUUCUUUACAAUUUUGAUAUAUUUGGAUGCCCCUGUGGAUGUAUUAAAAACAUAAGAAUAUUUA